AUGGCAACUGAACCUGAGACUGAGAAGCGCAGCGUCCAAGAACGAAAGAAACGCUUUGAAGGCCAAAGAAGUAGCUUUCCACCUCCUCAGGUGUCAUCCAGAGGCAGAAGGGAGAUGUCUCCCCGUACAGGCUCAACCCAGGUGGUAGAGCAACCCUUGAAGCAGCAAGGAGGAGCAGACUCCCUUGGGCAAGUUCAGGAACACUGGUCACAGCAGAGCAAAGGGGAAGGAGACCGAGAAAGACUGGUAAUAGAACCUGAGACUGAGAAGCGCAGCAUCCAAGAACGAAAGAAACGCUUUGAAGGCCAAAGAAGUAGCUUUCCACCUCCUCAGGUGUCAUCCAGAGGCAGAAGGGAGAUGUCUCCCCGUACAGGCUCCACCCAGGUGGUAGAGCAACCCUUGCAGCAGGGACGAGGAGCAGAUUCCCUUGGGCGAGUUCAGGAACACAGGUCACAGCAGAGCAAAGGGGAAGGAGAACAAGAAACACUGCUACCAGAACUUGAGACUGAGAAGCGCAGCUUCCAAGAACUAAAGAAAUUCUUUGAAGGCCAAAGCCCCAUGCAUGGGGGAGAGCAUUCCCUGCAGCAGGGACGAGGAGCAGAUUCCUUUGGGCGAGUUCAGGAACACUGGUCACAGCAGAACAAAGGGGAAGGAGACCAAGAAAGACUGGUGAUAGGAAGGACAGUGGAGGCAAACAUCAAAGGGGCCCUGGAAUCCUUUCGAGAGAAGGACCUCCAGCAGAUUUCUGAAAAAAUGCAAGCUCUGCAGACAGUUUUGCAGAACAUGCAGGGGUCCACAGAGCAGCACCUGGAGAUCCUGAGAGCAGACAUGGAGAACCAAUUAGGAAGGACAGUGGAGGCAAACAUCAAAGGGGCCCUGGAAUCCUUUCGAGAGAAGGACCUCCAGCAGAUUUCUGAAAAAAUGCAAGCUCUGCAGACAGUUUUGCAGAACAUGCAGGGGUCCAGAGAGCAGCACGUGGAGAUCCUGAGAGCAGACAUGGAGAACCAAUUAGGAAGGACAGUGCAGACAAACAUCAAACGGGCCCUGAAUUCCUUUCGAGAAAAGGACCUCCAACGGAUUUCUCAACAAGUGCAAGCACUGCGGACAGGUUUGCAGGACAAUCAGAGGUCUCCAGAGCAGCACCUGGAGAUCCUGAGAGCAGACAUGGAGAACCAAUUAGGAAGGACAGUGGAGGCAAACAUCACACGAGCUCUAGAAUCCUUUCGAGAAAAGUAUCUCCAGCAGAUCUCUCAACAAGUGCAAGCACUGCAGACAGAUUUGCAGAACAUGCAGGGGUCCACAGAGCAGCACCUGGAGAUCCUGAGAACAGACAUGGAGAACCAAUUAGGAAGGACAGUGGAGACAAGCACCCAACGGGGCCCGGAUUCCUUUCGAGAGAAAGAGCUCCAGGACAUUUCUGAAAAAGUUCAAGCUCUGCAGACAGUUUUGCAGAACAUGCAGGGGUCCACAGAGCAGCACCUGGAGAUCCUGAGAACAGACAUGGAGAACCAAUUAGGAAGGAUGGUGGAAGCAAACACAGCAAGGGCCCUUGAUUCCUUUCGAGAGAAGGACCUCCAGCAGUUCUAUCAGCAAAUGGAAAUGCUGCAGACAGCUUUUCAGAACAUGCCGAGGUUAACACAGCAGGACCUGGAGAAUCUCAAAGCCAAUAUGGGGAACCAAUUUGGAAGGAUGACUGAAGCAAGCACAGCAAGGGCCCCGGAUUCCUUUCGAGAGAAGGACCUCCAGCAGAUCUCUCAGCAAAUACAAACACAGGAAACAGCUGUUCAGAACAUGCAGGGGUCCACAGAAGAGCACCUGGAUAUCCUGAGAGCAGACAUGGAGCGCCAAUUAGGUGAGCAUAGCCAUUGCCAAGAAGACCUCCAUCUAACAAGCACGUUAUUACGGGAGAACACAGUCUCCUUGGUCAGCAGCGUAAGCUGUUUCUUAGUACACAGGAGAGUAUCAUGCUUGGCAAAUGCACCUAUUGCCUGUUUUUUUCUUUUUCCCACAGAGCUUUUCAAAAUGCAGCGCUACAAAGAGGAUGUCUCCCUGGAUCCUGACACGGCCCACCCCAGAUUGGAAAUCUCUGACAAUGGGAAGAGUGUGAAAGAUACCGGCACCAUAAGAACUGUGCCCAGGAAUGAGAAGAGAUUUGAUUCCCACCUUUAUGUGUUGGCAAAGGAAGGAUACACAUCUGGGAGACACUACUGGGAAGUGGAUGUUGGCAAGAGAAGCAGCUGGGCCUUGGGUAUUGCCCGAGAAUCUGUGACACGCAAAGGGACAUUGACUCUGUCUCCAAAGAAUGGCUUCUGGGUCAUGGGGUGUACAGAUGGGCGAGAGUAUUGGGCCUUCACAGAGCCUUGGACCCGUUUGAGUGUGGGUGGGAAGCUGCCAAAGAUUGGGAUCUUCCUGGACAUCUCAGCCAAGCAGCUGUUGUUUUACAAUGUCCGUAAGAAAGCAGCUCUGUACACUUUCACCAUUGCUGAUGGCAGCAGCCGGGAAGGGAAACUCCUUCCCUUCUUCUCCACAGGCUCAGCUGCUGCAAAGGCUGACACUGAGCCUCUGAAAAUAGUGCAGAGGUUUGAUGAUGAUGAAUAGAUCACUCUGCAUUGUGAAGGUCUAGAAUGUACAGCCAGGGAUCAGAUGGAGAUGUGAUCAACCU